AUGGCUACUGACAACACCGCCAACAACGACAAAGCCAUCGCCGACCGUGGUCCAAGCCCAAAGACCAAAGACAGCCGUAUCACCCCAAUGCCAGCAGGAAGAAGCGAGGUCCUUCAUAUCGAGAACAGAAACUUCAACCCAAAACUCAAACAUCCUGCUCCAGCAGCACCGAUGCUGAAGCUUUUACCUGAAAAACAUCUCAGGAACCUCUUUACCUAUGAUGGAAUCUGGUUGUUCCCGAAAAACCAGUGCAAAUGUGAAACCACCAAAUGGCAGACAGUCAUGAACUUUCAGAAUGCCUAUAAUGAAAAUGACCUCCCAGGGGUGAACGCAAGGAGACAGGCGGAAUAUGAACACUUUCAGAGGAGAGAAGGGCUGCCCCACCCACCACCUCUGCUGGCUCAGCCCAACCUCCCCUUUGGCUACCCAGUCUACGGGGUGGAGGUGAUGCCCCUGCACACAGUUCCCAUUCCAGGUCUUCAGUUUGACGGACCAGAUGCUCAUCUCUAUGAGGUUACCCUGACAGCUACUCUGGGGACGCUGAACACCCUUGCUGACACUCCAGAUAGUGUGGUACAUGGCAGAGGCCAGAAGCAGCUGAUCAUUUCGACCAGUAACCGGGAGCUUUUGAAUUUCAUCCUUCAGCAUGUGACAUACACCAGCACAGUAUACCAGCCCAAACGGGUGGACAUGGUAAGUCUAGAAUGGAACUCCUCGGUGGUCAAGUUUCCAGUGAUCAUCCAUCAGCCUAUCAUCCCCAAGUUAUAUGACCCUGGACCAGAGAGAAAGCUCAGAGACCUGGUGACCAUUGCCACCAAGACUUUCCUCCGUCCCCAAAAGUUCAUGAUCUUGCUCCAAAGCAUUCGCAAGUAUUACCCAGACUUGACCGUGAUUGUGGCUGAUGACAGCAAGGAACCAUUGAAAAUUAACGACAGCCACGUGGAGUAUUACACCAUGCCCUUUGGGAAGGGUUGGUUUGCUGGUAGGAACCUGGCCAUAUCUCAGGUUACUACUAAGUAUGUUCUCUGGGUGGAUGAUGACUUUCUCUUCAACGACAAAACUAAAAUCGAGGUGCUGGUGGAUGUCCUGGAAAAAACAGAACUAGAUGUGGUAGGUGGCAGUGUGCUUGGAAAUGUGUUCCAGUUUAAGCUGUUGCUGGAACAGGGUGAGAACGGAGAUUGUAUUCACCGUAAAACAGGAUCUUUUCGGCCCCUGGACAACUUCCCCAACUGUGUGGUGACAAGUGUCGUUGUCAAUUUCUUCCUGGCCCACACUGAGCAACUCCGAAAAGUUGGCUUCGAUCCCCGCCUGCAACGAGUGGCUCAUUCAGAGUUCUUUAUUGAUGGGCUAGGAAGCCUAUUUGUGGGUUCUUGUCCCGAAGUGAUUGUAAGUCACCAACCCCAUUCUAAAGUGCUGGACUGGAAAAUGACUGACUUGGAGAAGACUUACAGAGCCUACCGGACCAACACCAAGGCCCAGAUCCAAUUCAAGCUAGCUCUCCACUACUUUAAGAACCAUCUGCAAUGUUCCACAUAA